AUGACAGUUUUUGUAGAGUACGAUACUGGGGAUGCGAAUCUGCCUAAUCCGUCUGGUCAUGUUAAUGAUCUAUAUGAAGACAUAUCCGACUCGACUGAAACUGACAGUUUGACUGAUGAUGAGGAGAGCACAUUCGAGUCACGGCAUCCUCGGUCUUCAUGGAUUUUCAGUAACAUCGCGUCAAUUAACCCAAUACAUUCGUUUGAAAAUCGUAGAAAUAAUGUACCUCCGCCAGUCAGCUUGCAACAUCCUAAGGACGACGUGCCUUCCCACAAAAGUCCCAUUCCCGUCUCCCCGCUUUCGAAUACCCGCCCAAUCAGUGACAUAAUUCUCAAGCAGUCAAUUGAUGAUAAAGGCAGGCAGCUACCUGCAGUUCCACCGAAAUCGGAUGGCCCACAGAACGCCAGGUUUGAUUCGCAGAAUAUUUAUACGGAUACUGUACGAGUCAAACGACGAUAUUCAUCUCAUCCUGGUGUUACAAAUGCUGCUAAGCGUAAACCUGGUUGGGAACCUGGUAUCGAUCUAGAUACAACGGAUAUUAUACUUGAAUCAUCCGGUUCGAUCGUGACUGUUGUAGAUUACAAUUCUGACAGAUGUCGUCUUGCGAGAACAGAAUUCUACAGCAAUCCCAGAGAUACUUCUAGCAUGGACUCGUGUUUCUAUGACAAGACUCACGAUGUUGAUUUGAGUUUAACCAAAUAUCUUGAAUCCCGUCCUAAAUGGUCCAAAGUGAGAUGGAUUAAUGUGAAUGGUCUCUCCAAAACAGCAAUCUAUACAAUUGGCCAACAUUAUAAGCUCCACAAGCUGGCGAUUGAAGAUAUGGUAGAUAUUCCACAACGUACCAAGGUGGAUGAGUACCCUCUUCAUACUUUCUGCUGUUUACCUCUGCACAGGCUAAUCCCGUAUAAACAUCUGACGGGGCCAAGAGUGAGAUAUAAUCAAUUUUUCAAUUUUUUCACAAAGCGGUUUGGGGGCAAUAACGACAAUUUUGCACCACAGUCUGCAACAGCCAGGUUUUCAACUCUGGCCGCGGUCGAUUCAGCAAAGCUUGCAAAGUCUAAUAUUAACUAUAAGAUUAAACCCCAUUUUGAUACUCUUCAAUCGAGACUAGCUUCAACGAGAAAUAUGAAAUCCAUGUAUCAAUGGAGUAAUCCGACUCAACUUCAGCGAUCUGAUUAUUUAGAGUCACGACGCCCUCUAGCUAGCCGCCAGAAAAUGGUCGGAGUAGAACAAGUGUCUUUGUAUUUGACACAUGAAGGAACAGUCAUAUCCUUCUUUGAAGGUUCGGGAGAUGAGAUUGAAAAACCAAUACUUGAACGUCUUGAAUCUGAAUCAACUAUUUUACGAGAGUCUGCUGACCCGUCUAUUCUGUUCCAGGCAAUAAUUGAUGCUAUAGUGGAUUUGUUACACCCUAUAAUAGCGGCUUACCGGUCCAGACUUGCCGAGCUUGAGUUAGCGGCCAUUUUAAAUCCUUCAAUGGCCCAUACUAGAGACCUUCACUUGAUAAACGCAGACUUGACAGUACUGCGGAAUAGUAUUACACCAGUUACCUCUUUGAUCAAUUCCUUACGAGAUCGGGCAGGGAAUAGUCGUAAAAAAAGUGAUAGUGACAAAGGCACUUCUUCUGCUACUGGCGUCAGUUCUUCCUGUACAACGAAGCCGUCAAGAGCAUCAUCCACACGAAGUGAUUAUAGCAAAAUUUCACAAGAAGCAUGUGUAUACCUCGCAGACGUAGCAGAUCACACACUCUCAUAUACACAAGACCUGGAUGUGAUGCGAAAUAACACAAAGUCAAUGAUAGAUCUUAUUUUUAAUACAAUUUCAAUCCAGUCGAGUGAUGCAGUCAAGUUGCUAUCUCUUGUUACAGUUAUAUUUCUUCCGUUAUCAUUCUUGACAGGAUACUUUGGUAUGAACUUUACUGGAUUUGAUGCACUUUCAAACGGAGUUGGUUAUUAUUGGGGAAUAGCAGUUCCAUCGUCUGCUAGCAUGACCAUACUACUGAUGUACCCAUGGGUGCGAGACAAUGUUCGCAAGAUACAUCAGCUUAUAAAGCGUUCAAGAGACCACAAUAGACGCAAGAAGCAAACUAGACGGAAACAAAAGAGACGCCAAGUAACUGUUAUCGAAAGUGUGUAA